AUGACACAACCUCCCCACCACGCACCCGCCAAACGCACCGUCCCCACGAUCGUCCCCCCCAAACCCCCCGCGGCCCCAUCUGCCCAGCAACCCGCAAAGCCGAAGAAAGAAAAGCGAUACCCCUUCGACUCGCACCAAGACGACAUCGUAGUCAACACCACUGAACUCGACACCGCCCCGGGCUACAGGCGUGGUCUACUGGACUACCGGCAUAAACUCACGCUGAAGAAGACGUAUGCGCAUAUCACGACGAACUAUGCGGAGGAUAUGAAGAUGACUAUUCCGAAGGAUGCGGUCACACCCUUAGGGUCUGAGUCUGUUGGUGAUGGGGAUGGGGAUGAAGACGGGGAUGAGAAGAAUGAUGAGGACGACGAUGACGAUGAGAAUUCCAACGCCAAAGCCGCCAACCCCAAGCCCAAGCGAGACGAACGUACCUACGUGCCCGAAAUCAGCGACACAAUCAUCGACUACACCAAGCUACCCAAACCGCGCUGCAACCGCCCUAACUACGUAGAAUAUAUCUACCGCGCUACAACCACCAAUCCCGCCGUCUUCCUCGCUAUCCUACGUGUCGCAGAGAGGAAUCUGCCGUUUAUAAAUUUCGACUCGGCGAUUACGCAUUUACCCAAUUUAUUGGCGAAUGCGAGGCUUCCUGGUAUACCAAGCCUCUCAGCCCUGUCGUCCGAGUCAUCUGAAGCGUUGGGGGCGUCCGAAGCGUCAAACCACCCGCAGAAGCCGAAAGCCAACCACCCCGCUUUCACAGAAGACACGCCCCACGAGAAGAAGGAGACAGACACGGCGAUGACAAUCCUCUUCUUGCCGAACCUAUACGAAGACGGGCGCCACGCACUCGGGUACUACGCCCUCGCUCCCGAAGCAGACGCAGACACCAAACAAGUCAACCCGGAAGACGUUGUGCAGAUACUCUUUACGCCGUGCGGUAUAUCUGAUUUAGUAGAGGCGAGACUGUUGGAAUGGACGGCUGUUGAUCCUGAUAUGAAAGCACGGGCUGAUGAGAAGAAGAGUCAUGGCAAGAAGGGCGACGGGGUGGAAGGUGGGGAUGGGAAGGGGGGUGGGGAUGGGAAGGAAGGGGAUGGGAAGAAUGGGGAUGCUGGAGAUGAAGACGAAGAAGAAGAGUUGACUGUUGAGUACAUAGAACAUGUGGCUGCGAGGGGAGGUGAGUGGUUGGAGAGGGAUGUAGUAGGGGAUUGGGAGGAGUGGUGUAGGAGUUUUAGGGUUGCGAGGAGGGUUUGGGAGAAGGUGCUUAAGGGGGUUGUGGAGGUUAGGGAGGUGGAGGAUGUGAAGGAGGAGAUCGAGAUGAAGGAGGAGGCUGGGGCAUGA